GAUUACAAUUAAUCCAAGAGAAGUGAGAUGGAGAUGACAGACUUACCGAACAUAAAAUAAACAGUUAGAAAUAGGUUGAGUCAUGUGCAAACUGGGAUGAAUAAUAACAGUUGUCUGAAAAAUAUGAAGGCGAGAAAAGAAGCUGGCGCGCUCACUUGAAUUUGGUGAAAAAAGAAGAGGAGACGCGCGAUGCGUUAAGGUAACAGGUGCCACUCCGGUUACAAUGUGUCUUUUUGCCUUUGUGUCAGUGUCAGUUUUGUAGGAAGCUGCUGCAUGAUCUCGACAUCAAUGGAGGAAUGUGCGUUUUGAACACAACGUUGAGUCGCUCAGGUCCCAUGCCCCAGAGGAAAAACAGCAUGGAGAAAGACUUAAGGAAGAAGCUGGUUUUCAUAAACUUUGCGAUGUGACCAACCUUAACUACCAAAACGGCUCCAGAGUGAAGAGAAGCUCCGAUGAAUGGACCGCAGCAUGUUUUCUGGUCAGGCUGGUCUGAAUUACAGCUUCAACCUGAGCGAUGACCGGGAGCUGGUGGACACGCCGGCGGGCAGAGGGAACCUCUCCCCGGCGGGCUUUGUAGUGCUGUCCGUGGUGCUGGGCUUCAUCAUGACUUUUGGCUUCCUCAACAACUUCGUCGUCCUGCUUCUGUUUUGCAAAUUCAAGAAGCUGCGAACACCGGUUAACAUGCUGCUGCUGAACAUCAGUGUCAGUGACAUGCUGGUGUGCUUGUUCGGCACUACUCUCAGUUUCGCCUCUAGUAUUCGUGGAAAGUGGCUGCUGGGGCGCAGCGGCUGCAGCUGGUACGGCUUCAUCAACUCCUGCUUUGGUAUCGUGUCGCUGAUCUCUCUGGUGAUCCUCUCCUAUGACCGUUAUAGCACUCUGACUGUAUACAACAAACGUGGGCCAAGCUACCGCAAGCCCCUGCUGGCUGUUGGGGGCUCUUGGCUAUACUCCUUGUUCUGGACAGUGCCCCCCCUACUGGGCUGGAGCAGCUAUGACAUAGAGGGGGCAGGAACAAGCUGCUCUGUAUCCUGGACGGUUCAGACAACCCAGUCUCACGCCUACAUCAUCUGUCUCUUCACUUUCUGCUUGGGUCUACCUGUCCUGGUGAUGAUCUACUGCUAUGGCAGGCUGCUCUGGGCAGUCAAACAGGUGGGCAAGAUCCGAAAGACUGCAGCCCGCAGGAGAGAGUAUCACAUACUGUUUAUGGUUCUGACCACAGCCGCCUGCUACCUGUUGUGCUGGAUGCCUUAUGGUGUCGUGGCCAUGAUGGCAACAUUCGGUCCGCCCAACAUCAUUAGUCCUGUGGCCAGCGUGGUGCCCUCGCUACUGGCCAAGAGCAGCACCGUCAUCAACCCUCUCAUCUACAUACUUAUGAAUAAACAGUUCUACAGGUGUUUCCUGAUUCUGUUCCACUGUGCUCACUGGUCAGCGGAGAACGGCAACAUCUCCAUGCCGUCCAAGACCACGGUGAUCCAGCUUAACCGCAGAGUCUACAGCAACACGGUGGCCUGCACCGCCCAGAUCUCCACCGACGCCCUCAACCAGUGCUGCAGCACUCCGGCCACCAGGCAAACAACCCCCCCGAGGUCACUACCAGAGCCUGAAUGUCCUGAAUAUAACCCGACCACAAACACGGUCAUCACGCAGCACGAAUAACUCACACCUCAUAACUGCGCUUACAAUGUGAACUACAGUGACACGUGGACUCAUGCCUGACGCAUUUAGACAGUAAAUGUAGUAUUUGUAUGAGCUUGUGUUUGUACAGAACAGAAUCGUUUUGUGUGUGCACCCACUCAGUUUGAGUUUUUGUAUUUAUUUUUUCAUGUGCAAGGUACUAG